UCAGCCCGGGCGCGGAUGGGACGCCGGCGGAGCCAGAAAGCAUGCGCGUCCGCCCCGAGCAUGCUCAGUAGCGCGCGCGGCUCCCCGGAGCUCCGGCGCCGAUCGGCUAGCGACGCGGAGGUCUCCGCCGCAGCCGAGGGAGCGACGACAGGAAGUGAAGCGGCCCCGCCGGGCGAGCGCGGCGGCAGGACCCGAGGCGGCGGAAGGGGCUCUGCGGCGAGGACGUCGUCGACCCGGGAGGCCGAGGGAGCUGAGCGCCGAGGGGACACACCCGCUCGGAAGCCGGACCCCGUGGCGGGCAGGAUGGAUCACCACCAGCUGGGGACUGGCCGCUACCAGGUGCUUCACAAUGAAGAAGAUAAUUCAGAAUCAUCUGCUGUAGAGCAGCCAUCAACUUCCAGCUCGGCAGCACAGAUGGCGGAAGCUGCUGCUUCAGCACCCGCGCUGGAAGCUGACUCCUCUCCUCCGCCGUACAGCAGCAUUACUGUGGAAGUACCUACAACUUCAGAUACUGACGUUUACAGUGAGUUUUACCCCGUGCCACCACCGUACAGUGUUGCUACCUCUCUUCCUACAUAUGAUGAAGCUGAAAAGGCUAAAGCUGCUGCCAUGGCAGCUGCAGCAGCGGAAACACCUCAAAGAAGCCAGGAGGAAGAAUGCACACCAAGAGAUGACUUCAGUGAUGUAGACCAGCUGAGAGUGGGCAACGAUGGCAUUUUCAUGCUGGCGUUUUUCAUGGCGUUCAUUUUCAACUGGCUUGGCUUCUGCCUGUCCUUCUGCAUCACCAACACCAUAGCCGGGAGGUACGGUGCUAUCUGUGGGUUUGGCCUGUCACUGAUCAAAUGGAUCCUUAUUGUCAGGUUUUCUGACUAUUUUACUGGCUAUUUUAAUGGGCAGUAUUGGCUUUGGUGGAUAUUUCUUGUACUUGGCCUGCUCCUUUUCUUCAGAGGAUUUGUUAAUUACCUAAAAGUCAGAAACAUGUCUGAAAGUAUGGCAGCUGCGCACAGAACUAGAUAUUUCUUCUUACUAUAGAGAGUGCAUCAGCCCAACAUUCCUUUCUUAUGCCAAUGUGAAAUGUCCACAUCAUCUGUAAACCUUCAGCUUUGCUAAGAUAGAAGACUACUGAGAACAGAAGAAAUGUAGUGAAAGGUGGCGCUUCGAAAUUAAAUGGCAGGAUGGUUUAUGCUGAAAAGCCAUUUCUGUUCAUUCCUUAAUUAUAUAUAGUUCAUUUAUUUUGCACACUUGCGUAUUUACCUGUUUAAAUGAUAUACAUAUACUUGAAAGAAUUUGUAAAGUUGUAGCAGCGCAGUGCAGCCACACUCGGUUAAUCAGUGUCUGAUGAUAUUGCAAGAGUCAGCAAUACAGUCUUCCGGCAUGGACGAGCUUCUGACUGGGCAUCAGUGUAAUAAGAACUACAUUUCUAAUGUCGUCAAAUGCUUUAGUUUCUGGCUCUUAGAUUCAUCUAGUAAUUCCAUACAUGAAAUAUUCUUGGUUAUAUAUGAUGUUUAUGAAAACCCACAGUGUGAUUAUUAGAAAGAAUAUGUCAAAUCUUUGGAUAUGAUUUUAUUUAGAAAAACUCCUGUAAAUAACCAUGCAUAAGUUGCUUUUUACAUUGUUUUCUUAGAAAUUGUGUCUAAAUAUCUUUUCUUUAAUUUUAAAUUAAGUAAACUAAGUAUAUAGAAAUAAACUUUGUUAAAGAUAAAGUGGUUUAGGAUGAUCUUU